AUGACGAUCAGCGCAAGUGAUUUGGAGAAUCUGGCCUCGAUGCUGGACAGCAACCGCACCUUUAAGCGUCCAGAAGGCCAGGCCACGGGCUUCAGCCUCGAGGGGCAGGCAUCGUCGGCCGCCUUUAGCAGUGCAGUGGUGGUUUCGGCUGGUGACCCUGGCGCGACUUCCUUGCAACCGCAAGGGAAUCCGGCCUGCAUUGCGUUGCCGCCGACAGUGGUGGAUCACCAACUGCGACUGCCGCAGCCGUCGCACGGCAAGGAGGCGGAACGAAAAAAACAGCUGGCCCAACCCGCCCGCCCGAGUGGGGACGAGAUCUGGACGCAGGCGGAGCUGAUGGCUCUGUUCAUGCGACAAAGGAAAGACGGGCCGGCCUCGGUGGCCGCCGCGGCACGUGUGGCAGCGCAGCAGGCGAGUCUGCAAGCAGCAGAUGGGCAGUCGCGUGCGGCAACGCUGUGGCGACCUGGCCCCUCCGACGCCGCCACCUUCGAGGAGCCCGCGCACACGGUGCUGUAUCAGCAGAAUGUCUCUGCCGAGGAUAUUUACCUUGGCGUCGACUUCACGCGCGAUGCUUCGAGCGCCGCAAGUGAUGGUGUCACGGUGCGCGUGGAGCUGCCCCGAGUGAUGUCCGUAUCGGAGAUUGCGAUGGAGGUUGACGCGUACGAGUUACGGGUUUCGGUGGCUGGGGUGUACUAUCUGGCUGCGCCUCUGCCACGUCAGGUACACAAAACAGCGGCGGAUGCGGUGUGGGAUGCGCAGAAGAAGCUACUGACGGUGCGUCUCAAGGCUGACAAUGGCGGUGGUAGUGAUGUGAAGAUCGUCGCCUAG